AUGGAUCCGAACGAGGGCAACCAAGCGCCCGACGCGCCCGACGUCAAGAAGAUAAACGAUAUCCGACUUCGACGGCUGGCUAAGCUUGGCUCCUCGACCAGAUCACCCAAGCCGGAAGGAGAAUCGUCAGCAGACGCCGAGACAUCAAACUCCGCAACGAGCGAAGGCAAGGCUCACAAGGCUUCGGCCAACCCAACACCGACAUCCACACCAAAGCCCGCCGCCUCGAAUCCUUUCAGCCAGCUUGGUGUCAAGUCCGAGAGCGGUGCGUCGUCGCCAGCUGCAUCGAACAAUACCGAGAGCAACAAGCGAUUCGCCUCCGACCGCGCAGCCACACCUGCUCCCGCGAAGAAGGCGAAUGUGGAGGAGUCAUUGGAUGAUUUUUCGGAUCGAACGCUCAGCCACAUCUUCCGGAUCACAGUCGACCCCGAGAGAGUUGUCGAUACCCAUGGACAUAAGCUUACCUUCCUGCCGGAAGCUAGCCAAGAGCUCCAAGAGAAUGGAUCGCCCCUCAAACUGACGACCUCCAUACUCGAUAGUGCCUUGCUGGAGGCCGUCACUGCGAUCCCAGCUGACAAGCCCCUUCUUGGCUAUCUACUUCCCUCAUUCAAACGCAUCAUCCGGACGAACAUAGUGAAAGAGACGGCAGAGAAGAGGGAGGCCCUGGAAGAGGCAAAGAGACUGUGUGUUAGCAACGCUUUGUUUGCGCUCACGAUACCAGAUCUCUUUGGUACUAGACGAUCACGUCCCGAGAGCUUAGUCACAUACCUGCUCAAAGGACAAGAGCUGGACGAUGGAGUCUGUCUGGACUUCUUGCGGGAGGCAGUAAAGCGGUUCCCCGAGGAUGAGCAGUUCCCAGCUGCCUUCGCCACGGCCAUGCACACACUCAGCAUCAAACUAUCGGCGUUGUCUAUGGAGGAUGACUACAAGCCAUACAUCAGCGCUUUGAUGUCCUACACAAAGUUCCCGCCUCUACUGAAUGCAUUGGCGCAACAUCCCAACUUCAUGACCGCUCAAAAGCUGGGAUCCCAUGUUGAAAAGGAGACAAUCUUGGGCCCCUUCUUCCGCAUCUCUCCCUUGCAACCCGAGGUCACCAUGACAUACUUCCCGAACCCUCGCGGCCUGGACCGCACUCGGGCUGCCCCGUCUCAAGAUGCUCUUCGGGCUAUUCUCCGAGUGCACCAGGACGAGCUCUUCACUAUCGCCAAUGCCUUCAUCCGAGCUGACACUGACACCCGGAGCCGGGUACUCGACUGGUUCGCAUCUGCAAUCAACGGCAAUCAUAAGCGUAGAGCUCUUCAGGUUGACCCUAAGGAGGUGUCUUCAGAUGGCUUCAUGAUGAACCUUACUGUCGUGUUGGACCGAUUCUGCUCUCCCUUCAUGGACACAACUUUCUCAAAGGUCGACCGGAUCGAGGUUGAGUACUUCCGCCGGAGUCCCCGUGUGGACAUCAAGGAAGAGACAAAGCUCAAUGCCGACCAAUCGACGUCCGAUGCAUUCUACGCUACUCAAUCUCAGGGCAACUCGAACUUUAUUUCCGAGGUUUUCUUCUUGACUUUAGCCGCACAUCACUACGGCAGCGAGGCAACCAACUCAAAGCUCAAGGGUUUGGAGAGGGAUAUCAAGUGGUACGAGAAGCAUUUGGCUGCUAUGGAAGCAGAGCGGAUUAAGGUCCAGAACCAGCCACAGCAACUUGCCAUGUUUGAGUUGACACUCAAGCGUCACACCACGGUUUUGGAGAAGGCCAUCGCCAUGAAGUUUGCGAUCGAGGGCAUUUUCCUUGACGAGAAAAUGCAAGAACUGUCACUUCGCUUUAUGCGUUACGUGGCCGUGUGGCUUCUUCGCCUUGCCAGCCAGUCCAGCUACACCCCGGACAAAGAUCUUCAGCUUCCUCUCCCUGCUCAGGCCCCCGAGGCUUUUGCGUGCCUGCCCGAGUAUGCGCUCCAGGACGUGGUCGACAACUUCAAGUUCGUGUAUCGCUAUCUUCCUCAGAUCAUGCCUUCCGCUGUUGGCAGCGAGAUGAUUGCACUCUGCAUUGCCUUCUUGCGUUCGUCAGAGUACAUCAAGAACCCUUACCUCAAGUCAUCCCUGGUCACGCUGCUCUUCUCCGGCACCUGGCCCUUCAUGCACUUCAAGAAGGGUGUUCUGGGUGAUCAGCUCUACGGAUCCAAGUUUGCCAACGACAACCUAUUGCACGCUCUCAUGAAGUUUUACAUUGAGGCGGAGUCGACUGGUGUGAACACCCAGUUCUACGACAAGUUCAACAUCAGAUACGAGAUCUUCCAGGUUAUCAAAUGCGUCUGGGGCAACGAUAUCUACAAGCAACAGUUGACGAGAGAGAGCAAGGUCAACCGACAAUUCUUUGUUCAAUUCGUGAACUUGCUCCUCAAUGACGCGACCUAUGUGCUUGACGAGGCACUGACAAAGUUUCCCAAGAUCCAUACGUUACAGCAGGAGUUGGAGUUUGGCAACACUCUAUCCACGCAGGAUAGAGAGAAGAAGCAAGAGGAGUUGUCAACAUUGGAGAGCCAGGCGGGCUCAUACAUGCAAUUGGCUAAUGAGACACUGGCAAUGAUGAAGCUAUUCACAUCGGCAUUGACCUCAGCAUUCACUAUGCCUGAGAUCGUCCAGCGUCUGGCUAGUAUGCUUAACUACAACCUGGAGACCCUUGCGGGACCCAAGAUGGGUCAGCUAAAGGUCAACAAUUCAACCAAGUACCACUUCCAGCCGAGGGUUCUGCUAUCAGACUUCAUCGACAUCUACCUCAACCUGGGUUCAUCCCAAGCGUUCAUCGACGCCGUUGCUUCAGACGGACGCUCGUACAAGCCCGAGGUGUUUGACAAGGCCAGCCACAUUCUCUCAAAGCGCAGUAUGAAGGAGGCUGGUGAACUCGAGCAGCUCGACACGUUGAAGGCCAAGUUUCUGGAGUCGAAGCAGAUUGCUGACCAAGCCGAGCUGGAUCUUGGAGACAUCCCGGCCGAGUUCGAAGACCCGAUCAUGGGAGACUUGAUGAAGGAUCCCGUGAUCCUGCCAUCGAAGCACAUUGUUGAUCGGGGGACCAUUGUACAGCACUUGCUAUCGGAUCCCAAGGAUCCCUUUACGCGACAGCCGAUGACUGUGGAUGAUGCGAUCCCGCACACUGAGCUGAAGGAGAAGAUUCAGAAGUGGAGAGAGGAAAAGAUCGCGGCGGCCAAGGCCAGGGCAGCCGGCGGCGAUGCUAUGGAUACGACGGAAGGCUGA